GUGGCCUUGUCUUCGUCUUUCUCUUCUCCUUGCUCGGAUGGAGCCCAGCUCCCGGCAGACUCCUGUCCGCUGUCUUUUCAAGACCAAACACCAUGCCUUCAAUUAAGUUACAGAGUUCUGAUGGAGACAUUUUUGAAGUUGAUGUAGAAAUUGCCAAACAAUCUGUGACCAUCAAGACCAUGUUGGAAGAGUUGGGAAUGGAUGAUGAAGGAGAUGAUGACCCAGUUCCUCUACCAAAUGUUAAUGCAGCAAUAUUCAAAGAGGUCAUUCAGUGGUGCACCCACCACAAGGGCUAUCCUCCUCCUCCUGAGGAUGAUGAGAACAAAGAAAAGCGCACAGAUGAUAUUCCUGUGUGGGACCAAGAAUUCCUGAAAGUUGAUCAAGGAACACUUUUUGAACUUAUUCUGGCUGCAAACUACUUAGAUAUCAAAGGUUUGCUUGAUGUCACAUGCAAGACUGUUGCCAAUAUGAUUAAGGGGAAAACUCCCGAGGAGAUUCGCAAAACUUUCAACAUCAAGAACGACUACUGAAGAGGAGGAAGCCCAGGUACGCAAAGAGAACCAGUGGUGUGAAGAGAAGUGAAAUGUGCCUGACACUGUAACACUAUAAGAAUUGUUCCAAAUACUA